AUGAACUUGCUCCUCAAGAAAGGAGGUCCACCUGGGGCCGAGUAUUGUUGCACUGAUAGAGGUUGGAUGACGGAGGAGAUUUUCAUACAAUAUUUGAGACAUUUCAAGAAGGUUGUCAAACCAAGCUUGGAAGAUCCGGUUCUUCUCAUCAUGGACAACCACAGUACUCACUGCACUCUUGAAGCUUAUGAAUUUUGUAAAGCCAAUGGGAUCAUUUUGUUGACAAUACCUCCACAUACUUCCCACCGACUCCAACCACUAGACGUCACAUUUUAUGGCCCCCUUAAAACUGCUUACAACACAGAAUGUAGUAAAUAUUUGAAAUCACAUCCACAUGAGAAGAUAACUCCAUUCGAAGUCGCAGAACUAUUUAAUAAUGCCUAUAUGAGGGUAGCUACUUUGGAAAAAGCUGCAAAAGGGUUUCAAGUAACCGGCAUUUGGCCAUAUAAUCCUGAUAUUUUCAUCGAGGAAGACUUUGCAGCAGCCGACCUACAUAACCCCUUUGAUGAGCCCCAGCAAUAUACCGAAACACAGCACCGUGACCUACCGCCAGAAAACGAAUUAACUUCAAGAAUCCACUCAACUCCAACACCCCAACCAACUCUGGAUGAUCAAUUCCCAGUGGUGGAGGUGACUAAGGAAUCAAACAAUAAUAUGGAAAUAUCGUUCGAAAAAAAUUCGCCUUUACCAGGGCCAUCACAACCUCGACGGCAGUCAAUUAAACGGAAAACAAAACAAACGUCUCAAAUCAUAACAGCCACACCAAACAAAGAUGUUUUAAUAGAAAAAGCGAAUAAGAAGCUAGCAAAGAAGACAACCAGGAAAGGAGCAAAGGAGGUCAAGAAAAGAAUUUUUCUGGACGAUGAUGACGAAGAGGAUAGUGGUGAAAUGAAGAGAGCAAGAUUGCCAAGAAAUGUUGGGACUAGAAGAUAUAAGGAUUCCAGUUCUGACGACGAUGAAGAAUCAAAUGAUGACGAAAAUGAGGAUCAGAAUGUGAUAGGUGACGACUUAUGUCUUCUUUGUGGUGAAUUCGGGAAGAAUAGAGAAAUAUGGCUGAGAUGUGUCAUGUGCGGGAAUUGGGCACACAAAGCUUGUGCUAAUGUAGAGAACAAAAUUUUUAUUUGCGACUAUUGUGCUUGA